AAUCGCUGCUUUCUUUCCUUCAAACGACUGGGGAAUUGCGCACACUACAAAAUUAUCGAAUCUAAUAUCAAUCAUGUCGAUUCUUGAAUAUAAUGGGGCUGCGAUUAUCGCUAUGCAAGGAGAUGGCUGCGUCGGAAUUGCUGCGGACCGUCGCCUUGGAGCGCAACUCGCAACAAUUGCUACGGACUUCACAAAGGUGUUUCGAAUGUCACCAAAGCUGUACGUGGGAUUGGGUGGCCUUGCGACAGAUGUUCAGACCCUGCAUCAGCUUUUGGAAUUCCGUAUGAAUCUAUAUCGAUUGAAGGAAGACAGAGAAAUGACUCCCAAAGUAUUCUCUCAUUUGCUGGGUCAGCUGUUGUACGAGAAACGGUUUGGCCCAUACUUCGUAGAGCCAAUCGUCGCUGGAUUGGACGAAAAAACAGGAGAGCCCUUUCUGAGCGGGAUGGAUCUUAUUGGAGCUCCCGUUCACACAAAAGACUUUGUCGUCACCGGAACUUGCACCGGUAACAUGUACGGAAUGUGCGAGGCUCUUUUCAAACCAAACAUGAAUCCCGAUGAACUUUUCGAGACCCUUGGCCAAGCACUUCUAAGCAGUGUGGAUAGAGAUGCUUUAUCUGGGUGGGGAGGAAUCGUGCACAUUAUUACAAAAGAUGCUGUCAUUACGAAAGAGUUGAAGGGAAGAAUGGAUUAGGUCAAUGAUGCAUGUUUCAGGUAACUUAGUUCCGAUCUGAUUUUAAUUCCGAACUACUUGGUGGAUUAGAAUUAUCUCGUCGAUGAUACAAAACGAACAACAUGACUUUGCUAACAACCCAUCGACAAAAGCAUGUGAUGUGUGAUCGGAUUUUCGGUACUGAUGCAGAAUUGCACAUUUUCAACUUCAUUUGUCGGUCGAAGUAUCGAAUACUACAAUACAAAUGCAAAAAAAUAGUAAGAUACUAGUAAUUUUGUAACUACCAGGUACGCGCGUAUUGGUCAGUGGGAAGAGAAAUAUUCAUUGUUGGAACGGAAAUUAUUGUUUCUGAAGUAAAUUUUCCGCGUUCCUAUAUUUUAGAAAAAUGUUUUCCAAUUAAUUCUUGCAUAUUUGAUCAUAGUUUGGCAAACACGAGUAGUAUGUUUCUGACAUAAAUUGUUAGGUUCCCUUUGUCGGUUACUACAUUCCGUGCUA